AAGGAGAAAAUAAGAAAAAAGAAAAACAAAAUGGAAGGUGUGGUGGUCACAUGCAGUAGAGAGCGUAAGACGAAAGGGCAUAUGCGAGGGAGAUAAAUAAUAUGCCAAGAAAUACCGUUACGAGAGAGUGCCACGUGGGACUCUACAUGGCAAUCACCCAUCGCAUCUUGCAAUUGCAACCUUCAACCUCUGCCCCCACUCUCUUCCUCAUUCCCAUGUUCAUGGCGCUUCUUCUCAUCACCACCACCUUCUUCUUCCACCCUUUCAAUUUCACCUUCUUUUCUUCUCAACAAUCUCUCUCUUCAUCUUUAUCUUCUUCUCCCUUUCUUCCUUUCCGCUCCUAAACUCACGACAAAACAUCAAAAACAGCGACAAAAUAGUGUCUUUGAGAGAACCAUAAACUCUGUUCAAACCAAUCAAUCAAUUAUUUAUUUCCAUUGGGUCGUGUUUUCACUCCUAAAUUUUUAAAUUUUGCCAUCUAGGCAUCACCCUAUUAGCCGUGUCAGGUAUCGCUGAUGGUUCUCUCUGAAUUUGGAUCUGCACUUGUCGUGGCCUUGGGUUCUUUCUUUCGCUUCGAUUCUUUUGUUUCUGUUUCAGCAAUCGCCUCGUGGUUAUUCUCAGAAAUGUGAUUGGCCUUUUGUUAUUAUUUAUUUCUUUAUUGAUUUAUUUAUUGUUCCUGAUCUUCAACGUAAUAAUUUGAAAUCAUAGACUCACCUAUUGGGUGGGGGCAUACCCCUGUUAGAGGUUGUGAAACUUUGGAGCUGUAAGAUGUGAUGAUGUGAGUGGUGCUCAUGUGUAAUAAAGGGUUUCAAUGCUUGAGCCAGUGUGAGAGUGUAAUUGAUCAUAGGCAAGGAUUCAUCAUGGAUAGUCCAAUUCGAUCGCCGGCCACCGGUUCAGGUUCCGGUUCCGGUGAAGAUAACCGGCGUGUUAAGUUCUUGUGCAGCUUCCUGGGAAGCAUAAUGCCUCGCCCCCAAGAUGGGAAGCUGCGUUAUGUUGGCGGCGAGACGCGAAUUGUUAGUGUUCCGAGGGAUAUUAGCUAUGAGGAGUUGAUGGGGAGGAUGAGAGAGCUGUAUGAUGGGGCUGCUGUGUUGAAGUACCAGCAGCCUGAUGAGGAUCUUGAUGCUCUUGUCUCUGUUGUCAAUGAUGAUGAUGUGGUUAACAUGAUGGAGGAGUAUGACAAGUUAGGGUCAGGAGAUGGAUUCACUAGGCUCAGGAUUUUUCUCUUUUCGCAAUCCGAACAGGAUGGUUCCUCUCAUUUCAUUGAUGGGGAUGAUUCUGAGAGGAGGUAUGUUGAUGCAUUGAAUAGUUUAAACGAUGGUUCUAAUUCUGACUUUAGGAGGUUGCAACAAGGUGAGUUUUCUAUGAUGAGUCCUGUUGAGGAUAUUCAUGUGGCUGCUGAUCAGUUCUAUAAUCCAAUCAAUGUGGAAAGUGGGAUUCAUAGUCAGAGAAGUGGGGACCUAUCUAUGUCGCCUUAUAAUAUGCAUCAUCUCACUGUCCAGCACCCGCAAGCUUUAGGCCAGAGGUACAAUGAAAUGGAUGCUCCUUGGAAUCCUGCCUAUUACUCUCCUAGGCAUCAUGGCCUCCAUGACUUUCCAUCUUCUCCUUCCGGUACAAGGUAUCGCGUGCCAUUUCCCGAGUUACCAGAUAAGUGCAUUGAUAGAGUGCCGGAAGAGUAUGCGCGACAUCACGUAAAUCAUCAUCCUGUGUACGACAAUCAGCCGCAAUAUUCUGAAAAUGUUAUGUGGAUGCCAGCACAUGGCGAAAAGUCGGCUUUUCCAGGCAAUAUUAUUCAUAGUCCUCAUGUUGUUGAUGAGAACAGUAUAUGUGAGCAGUGUCGCAUGGGUUUUCAUAGAGGCCAACCACAUCUGGAGCAUUCUAAUAUAAGUAAUGGAGUUCCACAGGUUGGUAAUCUAUGUGCAGAAUGCCCCCCACCAAAUAGGGAUACUUUUGCUGCUGAUGCAAAGUUACACUCGGCAAUCUAUCCCAAUGAACCCAGUAAUGAUCAUAGGUCUGUUUUUAAUGAUACUCAGAAUCACGAGAGAGGAUGGGGCUUGCAGCAUCCAACUGCUCGAGUUGAGGAAUCAAGAGUGCAUGUCUCUCUUGGGCAUGGUAGUGUGACUGAUGCUCAUAACUUGCCUUCCAAUUAUGUUCACCAGCAGGCUGGACCUGAAUUGGGGACCGAACUGUUCCCUGAACAAACCGUGACUCCUGUACCUCCUAUACAAUUUCCUCCACUGGAAGAUUGCAAUGUGCGGUAUGGAAAUUCAGCUUCUCCUUAUGGAGUAGAUAGUAAUUACGCUGUGCCGCGUGGACUUCCACCUGGUUUCUGGAGAAACACUCCAGUUCCUGUUCAUAUUGGACCAUCUUAUGAGGCUGCUACUUCACCUCAGCCGGUGAAUGGUUUGAUGAAUGCAGCAGGAUUAAUCCGAGGAGAGGCCAGUCCAGGGUUUUUCAUUGGACCAGAUAGUCAAAAUCAUUGGGUUGAUUCCUCACAGAAAUUAACAGGACAUGAUGGUACAGCCAUCCCAGAAUAUCCUUAUGCACAUGCUCUGAAUCCAUUGCCCCUUGGUCAAGAAAAUCAACACCCGGUUAUUGUAGAUUUCAUUCAUCCCCCACAGGACAUGAAUGCUGGUACCUGCUUGAAACCCUUGCAGCUGCCAAAAUCCUCUUUUAAUAUGGUUCCCAAUCAACAGGUUUUAAGAGACGAUACUCAUUUGACUGAAGCAAAGAGUUUUGAAUCUAAUGGUUUGAUUGGUGAAGGAAUAGUGGUAAAAAUUGAGGACAAUGUUCAAAACCCUGGCACCCAGACUAUAUCUUUUUCAGUGCAAAAUAAAAUUGCUGAGAAUGCAUGCGAAGCUGCUGCUGCUUCUUCUGUUGAGUCUAACAAUUUAAAGUCAAAACCUGAAGCAGACUGCGUGCAUGUUGAGAAACUGGCUGAUAAGGACCCUUCUGUUCCAGAAGAUUCUAAACAUUUAGUUGAUCAAUUCAGUUUCUUGCCUGAGUUGAUUGCUUCUGUAAAAAAGGCUGCAUUAGAAGAUGCUGUGCAGUUGAAAGCUGCAGUCGAUGAGCAUGCUGAUUCUCCGAAUCACAAUUCAGAUACCAAAGAUGAAACAACAAAUGAAGUAGAACCAGCGAAUGCUCAUGGUGAUUUAGAAUUGGACUCUGAAAAUGACCAUGUAGAUACUAAUAAAAUUGAGCCUACAAGGGCUGAGGAAGAAGCAAUUGCUAAGGGAUUACAGACUAUUAAAAAUGAUGAUUUGGAGGAGAUCCGUGAGCUUGGUUCUGGAACCUAUGGAGCUGUUUAUCAUGGGAAAUGGAAAGGUUCCGACGUUGCCAUUAAGAGAAUAAAAGCCAGUUGUUUUGCUGGAAGGCCAUCUGAAAGAGCAAGAUUGAUCGCAGACUUCUGGAAGGAGGCAUUGAUGUUGAGUUCAUUGCAUCAUCCAAAUGUUGUCUCCUUUUAUGGCAUUGUUCGUGAUGGCCCCGAUGGUUCUUUAGCAACAGUCACAGAGUUCAUGAUUAAUGGAUCUUUGAAACAGUUCUUGCAUAAGAAAGAUAGAACAAUAGAUCGUCGUAAGAGGCUCAUUAUAGCCAUGGAUGCUGCAUUUGGGAUGGAGUAUUUGCAUGGAAAAAACAUUGUGCAUUUUGAUUUGAAAUGUGAGAAUCUAUUGGUCAAUAUGAGAGAUCCUCAACGGCCUAUCUGCAAGAUUGGUGAUUUGGGUUUAUCAAAGGUUAAACAGCACACUCUAGUGUCUGGUGGAGUACGGGGGACCUUGCCUUGGAUGGCUCCUGAACUUCUUAGUGGGAAAAGCAAUAUGGUGUCAGAGAAGAUUGAUGUCUACUCAUUCGGUAUAGUCAUGUGGGAAUUACUCACAGGGAAUGAACCCUAUGCUGAUAUGCAUUGUGCUUCAAUAAUAGGAGGAAUUGUGAACAACACUUUACGUCCUCAAAUCCCAACUUGGUGUGAUCCUGAGUGGAAAUCUCUAAUGGAAAGUUGUUGGGCUUCUGAUCCUGUAGAAAGACCAUCUUUUUCAGAAAUUUCCAAGAAGCUGAGGAGUAUGGCUGCUUCAAUGAAUUUGAAAUAGUCAAUUGAUCUUGAAUAAGUUAAUUGACCUUCUCCCGUUGUAUGUAGCCUAGAAUUGGUAAAAGGGAAAUAAGGUGAAGAAUGGUUCUUCCAGUUCAAGGCACCUACCAACAAGCUUAGCUUUAAAAAGGGAAAAAAUAAUUUAAAGGAGUAUUCAAGCUUAUCCAAGCUUGUAACGUAAUAUCAUCAUGCCUUGGUUUAGUCUAAAUUUUGUUUUUGUAAUGUUGCCUUUAAUGGUAUCUUCCUUGGUGCAGUUACUUGCACUAUAGCAUGGUUUCUCUCCCAGAAGCAGCAUGGUGUUCUGAAGAACAGUUUCUUUACUUGGUUUUUGCAGGUUUUUUUUACGUGAUCAGGGUAAUGAACCAUGCCUUCUGGAGAGAUGUGUACAUAAAAUCAACAAACGACAUGUCUCCGUUGCUUUCAUACGGAGAGGAUAAUGACGAAUUGUGCUUCCCAUUUUGAUGGAACCAAUUCAAUUUGUCAUCGAUAUUUUGUUUGAAUUGCUUAUUAUAUUAAUAUACCAUAUUCUUACUUAAUGGCAUGAAUGUGCAUACUUAAAUUGAAGCUGUAUAAAUAAAGUAUUUUUUUUCAUACAACUUGAGGCAUAGGGGUUUGUUUAAUGUAUACGUUGGUCUCCUAUCAAUAAUGUCCAAGCAUCAUUUUUUUUCA